AAGUAGUAUCUUAUCUGUCUCGGUCAGUUAGUCCUUUGAUAAGUUAAUUGAUUAAUGAAUGAAUAGUUUGGUCAUAUGUUGAGACCUUAUUCUUCCACUGAAUGACCAGAAUGUUUCUAUAUUUACAACACAAGACCAAUGUUAGUUUAGUUUGACGUGCAUGAGAUUUAACAAGCAGGUAGACGCAUAUAUUGGCCAUUUUAUUGUCACUAAAAUUACCCCAAACAGACUUUUUCUAUCUUUUUAAUUCAUGCACAAACCACUCAUCUCUUCUUACUACUUACCAAAGUUGUGUGCAUUGCAAAAAACCCACACAGCAUUUAGAGAGCACUUAAUUAUAAUCCUAUUUACUGAUUACCGAUGGCACCAAUUGAGGUAAAUACAGAUGUGUUGCAGAUAAAUCAAUGCUUCCCUAUAAAGAACUACAUAAAUGCAUGUGAUUCAAACCUGUUUCUAGAUGUUAUUCCAGCAGGAAGAGCAGCAGCAGUCUCUUAUCUCAACACUUCACAGAUUUACAGCCGACAGAAUCCCUUUUAACGAUCUAGGCCCUGGAUGGCUUCUUCUUCGUGGUGAACAUGGAGGGGAACAUCGUGUUCGUGUCUGAGAACGUGACGCAGUAUCUGCGCUACAACCAGGAGGAGCUGAUGAACACCAGCGUGUACAGCGUGCUGCACGUCGGAGACCACGCCGAGUUCAUCAAGAACCUGCUGCCCAAAUCCCUCGUGAACGGCGUCCCGUGGUCCAGCGAGGGUCCCAGGAGGAACAGCCACACCUUUAACUGCCGGAUGUUGGUGAAUCCUCACAGUGAGAACACGGAGGAAUCGCAGGAGCACGAGCCUCAGACGCAGAAAUACGAAACCAUGCAGUGCUUCGCUGUGUCCGAGCCCAAGUCCAUCAAAGAGGAGGGAGACGAUUUCCAGUCCUGUCUGAUCUGUGUGGCUCGCCGAGUGCCGAUGAAAGAGAGACUCGUGCUGCCGACUCACGAGAGUUUCACCACGCGCCAAGACCUGCAAGGUAAGAUCACGUCUCUGGACACCAGUCUGCUGCGGGCCUCCAUGAAGCCGGGCUGGGAGGAUCUGGUGCGGCGAUGCAUUCAGAGAUUCCACCUGCAGAACGACGGGGAGAUGUCCUUCGCCAAGAGGCACCAGCAGGAAGUGCUGCGCCACGGCCAGGCCUUCAGUCCGAUCUACCGCUUCUCUCUCUCUGACGGCACCAUCGUGUCGGCGCACACUAAGAGCAAACUGGUGCGCUCUCCGGCCACCAACGAGCCGCAGCUCUACAUGUCGCUGCACAUCCUGCAGAGGGAGCAGACGGUGUGUGGGAUGGGUCAGGACAUCGGUCAGACCCCAGGAAUGGCCCCCAAACCCAUGAACUCCUCCACGCCCUCCAUGACCCCCCCGACCCCCGGCAGCCUGCCUGGUUCUGGGCCUCAGGGCCAGGAGACCACCAUCAGCAGCAACAGCAGCACGCCUUUCUCCUCUCUUGGCCCUCGAGAGCCUCCUGCCAUGGGGGGCCACAUGCAGAGCUAUCGUUUCGGGUGCCCCCCUCCUCACAAUCACACUGGAGGCAUGCAGCCACCUCAACAAGGGGCUAAUUGGAGGAUGAACAGUCCGUCUAGAGCGAGUCCGAGCCCAGCAGGAGGGCCACAUCCUCCUCAACAGAACUCUAUGUUGUCCCCGAGGCAUCGAAACAGUCCUGGGGGGUCUGGGAGCCCUCGAGUAGCGGGUAUUCACUCCCCCUCACCUGUAGGCAUGUGUGGGGGCCCCCCAGGUAGCAGCGGCAAUGCUAACAGCUACACUAGCAGCUCUCUUUCUGCACUUCAGGCCCUUAGUGAGUGUCAUGGGGUGGGGCACGGGGCCCCUCACACUCUGGAAUCUCCAGACAGAAAGAUGGGUUCUCCAGUGGGGGUCUCACAGGGAGGGGGCUCUCAUCUGAUGUCCAAACUGGGAGGAGAGUCAUACGGAUCGAAUAUGGAGGGUCAGGAGACGAAUAUGGAGCCUAAAGAGGAGCGAGAAGGGGCCCCUGAUGACUCCCUGAACCGUCUUCACGACAACAAAGGCCACACUAAGCUUCUACAGCUUCUCACGACUAAACCGGAGCCCCUGGAGACCCCUUUGUCCCCGGGGGGAGAGGGAAAAGAGGGCCGCGGGGGCCAAAACGCAGCGAACACUCACGCCUCUUCGCUAAAAGAGAAACACAAGAUCCUGCACCAGCUCCUGCAGAACAGCACGUCCCCUGUGGACCUGGCCAAACUCACAGCAGAGGCAACGGGCAAAGAGCCGGGUCAGGAGCAGAACCAGGGGGCUGGGGGUCAGGGGUCAGGGCCCGAUAUGGGUCUGAAACAAGAGCCUCUGAGCCCCAAGAAGAAGGACAACGCCCUGCUGAGAUACCUGCUGGACAAGGACGACACCGCAGGGAAGGAGAAGAUGAAGCUGGAGGCGGGGGAGGUGAAGCUGGAGGGAGGGAAGCAUCCGACGGUGAAGACGGAGAAACAAGACGCUGGAUACGACCGCGCCGAGCAGGUGAGAGCAAAACAACAACAAACAAAAACAUCCUCAGGUGUGACGCACUUUCCCUUAGUUGCUUCUCCACCACAGGCUACUGUCAUAAGUUAAGGGUUGAAAAAACCUCUGAUCUAGGUGCAACAUUUCUUUCAGUUCCUGGGGUAUGAUCUAGAUAUCUUCAGGGUGCUGAUGAUGCCAUUUUUACAACAGGCCACUGUCGAAAGUCAACGGUUGCAAAGGCGGAGAAAAUGCCUCAAAAAAACGUGAUCUAUUAUAUAUUAAGAUCACAUUAAGCCAUCAUUUGAUUUGUAUUCAGUGUAUUUCUAUUUCCAAUACAUUGUUUAUUUGGGCGACUGUGGCUGCGAGGGAGUGCGGUCGUCUUUCAACCAGAAGGUUGUGGGUUCGCUCCCAGCCCGUGCAGCCAACAUGUCGAGGCGAGAUACUUAACCCU